AUGGUUAAAAAUACAACUUGUGAUAGAUGUGGAUUAAAUCUUUCCACUUAUCAGAAAUAUCAACAACAUUUAAAUCGAAAAAAUCCUUGCCGUCCUAAGAAUCUUCCUCAACCCCCAAUUCCAGUAGAAAAUCCAACUAUUCAAAAUUCUGCUGAAAAUCUAACCCCAGUACAAAAUGUAGGAAAUCUUACUCCAAUACAAAAUCCAGCACCGACCCCGGAAGGUGAUCUCAUAUCAUUUGAUGAAAACCCACCGACGCACCAGCCAGCCCAGCCGAGAGAGGCAAGCGCGCUGGCAGUCAACCUUUUAACAGAUUUAACGAUAGAUGAAUUAAUAAAAAGGCUAUCAAAACCAAGCGAUGAUGUGGAACAUCGAAGCUCUGCUUCUUCAGAAUAUGAUACCGCUGAAGAAGAACCAGAUAUUCAUUUCGAAAAAAUUAAGGAUCCAUAUAUUAAUAGAAUAGCAGAAGCCGGAAAAUUUAAUGAAGGUGAGGUAUGUGAUUACUAUGCAUUCAUACCAAAAGAUUAUUAUGCGGAAAACGAGCCAUUAGGCUUUUUUGAAUCAAUCGAAGAAAAGAUUGGCGAUGUAUACAAAAGAGAGUUAGCUCUAAAAGGAGGGUUAAAGGUGAGAAUUGUAUUAAUAGCAUAUAUGAAGAAAAUUACGCCAGAAUCUCAAGAGCCAAUAUUUAAAUCAUUUCCAUUCAAACAUAGUACAAUAGAAAUUAUAAGAGAAGAUCGAAUUAAUGCAACUAUAGAAAAAGGAUACAAUGAAAUUAUAGAUGAAAUAGAAGAUGAAGCGUUACAAGAGUCAGGAUGGUCUUUGUUCGAGCAGAAGAGGUAUUUCUCGAGAUAA